AUGAUCGCUAACAUUCUGAAGGAACACGGCACAUCGGAGAAGAAGAGGAGAUCGACACCAAAGACAGAAAAUGCCAGUCAACAAGUAGUAGCAUUAGGUUGUGUCCACUAUCUAUCUAUCUAUCUAUCUAUCUUAGUAGGUUCAUAUCUCUCUAUCUCUCUAUCUCUCUAUCUCUCUAUCUAUCUAUCUAUCUAUCUAUCUGUCGCAGUAGGUUCAUAUUUCUCUCUUGACCUAUCUAUCUAUCUAUCUAUCUAUCUAUCUAUCUAUCUAUCUAUCUUAGUUCAUAUCUAUCUAUCUAUCUAUCUAUCUAUCUAUCUAUCUAUCUAUCUAUCUAUCUAUCUAUCUAUCUGUCGCAGUAGGUUCAUAUUUCUCUCUAGAUCUAUCUAUCUAUCUAUCUAUCUAUCUAUCUAUCUAUCUAUCUAUCUAUCUAUCUAUCUUAGUAGGUUCAUAUCUAUCUAUCUAUCUAUCUAUCUAUCUAUCUAUCUAUCUAUCUUUCUAUCUUUCUAUCUAUCUGUCGCAGUAGGUUCAUAUUUCUCUCUCGAUAUAUCUGUAUCUCUCUCUCUCUCUAUAUUCUGUUCACAUCUAUCUAUCUAUCUAUCUAUCUAUCUAUCUAUCUAUCUAUCUAUCUAUCUAUCUAGCUGUCGCAUAGGUUCAUAUUUCUCUCUUUCUCUCUAUCUAUCUAUCUAUCUAUCUAUUUGUCACAGUAGGUUCAUAUUUCUCUCUCUCUCUCUCUAUCUAUCUAUCUAUAUUAGUAGGUUCAUAUAUCUGUUCGUCUAUCUAUCUCUCUCUAUCUAUCGAAUCUGUUCCCUAUCUAUCUAUCUAUCUAUCUAUCUAUUUAUUUGUCGCAGUAGGUUCAUAUUUCUCUCUCGAUCUAUCUAUCUAUCUAUCUAUCUAUCUAUCUAUCUAUCUAUCUAUCUUUAUAUAUAUAUAUAUAUAUAUAUAUAUAUAUAUAUAUAUAUAUAUAUUAGUAGGUUUAUAUAUAUCUGUUCGUCUAUCUAUCUAUCUCUCUAUCUAUCGAAUCUGUUCGCAUCUACCUAUCUAUCUAUCUAUCUAUCUAUCUAUCUAUCUAUCUAUCUAUCAGUCUGCUAG